UCCCUCCCUCUCUCUCUCUCCUCUCUCUCAUACACACAGUACAUGGCAUCCUCAGGUGGCAACUCCAAUUUUUCAACCCAAUUCUCGAGCAACAACACUUCUUUCGGUGAUCUUCUCGGGGAGGGCCAAUACCAAGGAGAAAGGAGUGGCAAGAUCAGAGGGAGAAAUGGGGUGCUGGAUCAGAUUCCGAGAUUGAAGUCACUCCCGCCAAACUCACUGCCCAUGAUCUCACCUCCCCCUGUCUCUCCUUCUUCUUAUCUCUCCAUCCCUUCUGGGUUGAGCCCGAGUUGGCUCUUGGACUCCCCUGCUUUCCUCUCCACUUCUAACGCCCUUCCAUCUCCAACUACUGGAACCUUUGCUGGUCUAAACUUCAAAGAGGACAGAACCUAUUCUGAUUUCUCUUUCCUACCAUCCCAAACAAGGCCUACUCCAUCUUCAUUAUCCUCCAUGUUUCAAUCUUCUGCGAACGCACUUGCACCGGAAGAAUCAUUCAAAAGGAAACAUGAAGAUUGGAACAUGAACAAACCAUCGGACCAAACUCAAUCCUCAUCAAUCAAAUCGCGAACCGAAUCAGAAUUCGCACCGAUUCAAACAUUCUCCCCAGAAAUCUCCACAUCCCAAACGAACAUGCAGAAUAAUUCCGCUCCCCCGUCCGCCCACAACCCUUACACACAACCACCCCAGUAUUUGAGAGAGAACAGAAAAUCAGACGACGGAUAUAACUGGCGAAAAUACGGUCAGAAACAAGUGAAAGGGAGUGAGAAUCCACGGAGCUAUUACAAAUGCACGUACCCGAAUUGUCCAACCAAGAAAAAAGUUGAAACAACCUUGGAAGGAUGUGUAACUGAAAUAGUAUAUAAGGGAAGCCACAACCAUCCCAAGCCUCAAGCUACUAGAAGAUCAUCUUCACAUUCAAUCCAACCUCAUUUCAACACUAAUUUCGAGAAUCCAAGUCAACCAAACACGUCGUUGGGGAAUACUCAAAUGGAGUCUGCGGCCACCCCAGAAAAUUCCUCAGCUUCAUUUGGUGAGGAGGAUUUUGACCAUCAAGCCUCUUCGAUGAGUAAAUCGGAGGAUGAUAACGAAAACGAUCGCGAGGCCAAGAGAUGGAGGGGAGAAAAUGAAAAUGAGGUUAUAUCAGCAAAUGGGAAUAGAACUGUGAGAGAACCUAGAAUUGUUGUUCAAACAACAAGUGACAUUGAUAUUCUUGAUGAUGGGUAUAGAUGGAGGAAAUAUGGACAAAAAGUAGUCAAGGGCAAUCCUAAUCCUAGGAGCUACUACAAAUGCACGUACGUGGGGUGUCCGGUGAGGAAGCACGUGGAGCGAGCAUCCCACGACCUGAGGGCCGUGAUCACCACAUACGAAGGGAAGCACAACCACGACGUUCCCGCGCCGCGCGGUAGCGGAAGUUACCCUCCUCUGGUGAACAGAGCUCCUCCGCCUCCCAAUAACGGAAGCUCGGCGAUCAGGCCUCUAGCCAUGACCAACAAUCUCAACCUCGCGACAAGUUACCCGAAAAGCCAAGCACCGUACACGCUAGAGAUGUUGCAGAGUCCCGGGAGUUUCGGAUUUUCGGGAUUCGGAAACUUUCAAGGCUCUUACAUGAACCAAGUACAAGGAGAUAAUUUGUUGUCCAGGGCUAAAGAAGAGCCCAAGGACGACUCAUUUUUUGAAUCAUUUCUAAACUGAGAUUCAUCGGUAGCAAAAUCAGGACCAGUUAGGUCUAAAACUGCUUUGAGUGUACAUGGUAGGACUCAAUACAAAAGGAUAGUGUGUCAUUAGUUGAUUUGUUUUUGGGCCUUUUAAGGUUAGAAAAAUGGGCCUUCUAUCCACUUUUUGUGUAUGUAAGAAGAUUACAAUAACCUGAAUAUUCAUUGCUAAUAUAAGGUAUUUUUGUUUUCUA